GCCCUUGUCAGUGGCGUGCCUCAUUGCCAAAAAAAUCCUCCAGGUGUAUGCCUGGUUGCCUGACGCACCCUCCCGGGCCACCCUGAAGGCUGCUCCUCACGCGUCACUUUGACAUAUAACCCUCUAGCCAUGGACCCUCUUCCUCAAGUGCCCGCCUCCGCGGCCCUCAACGACUCCACAGGGCCGAUCCGGGAUAUUUUCCAGGAAUACCUGGAAAGGCCGCAGUUCCCCAUUGAGGUGGCCAGAAACAUCCGGAUCUACUCAGUGGAUGACAACCUGAGCCUCAAGGAGGCCGCCAAGAACACUUUGGAGAUCCAGCGCAGUUUGGAGGAGGAGUCGCAGCUGAUCAGCGGAGCCGAGUUGGACGUGCUCCAGCAGCUGCCACAGCGGGAGGAAAACGAGUUUUUGAGGGAAAUGAUGCGCCUCAAGCCCUGCGAGGUGUUUGCCAGCAUCUGCCUGCCUGACAAGGUCAAGUAUGGGCUUCUGGAGAAAUGCGACCUCUAUCCGGAGGUGACCAGGCAGUAUCUGGACUUCCGGUUCAACCCCUCCCUGCACCGCUGCCAGAGGUGUUUCCCUAUCAAGGAAAACCUGCCCAGCCCCACUAGGGCUGCUCUCGCCAAGGAGGCAAAGGAGAGGGAGCCCCCCAAGGGGCCCCCCCUGAUCCUGCAGCCGCCCCAGGUGGUUUUCCAGAACUUCCAGCCCAACUCCUUUUUGGAGCAAAGCUUCCAGAUCAAGAACGUGAGCAAUCGCGUUCAGCGAGUGAGUGUGAAGGCGCUCCCCAAGCGCCCCCAGAUCUUCCAGCUUCAGUUCGCCGCCUGCCGGCAGCUGGCGCCCGGCAUGUGCCUCAAAGGCGCCAUCCGCUUCACUCCCGCCCACUCGAAAAACCUCCAGGACUGCGCCCAGUUCAUCAGCGGCGCUGGCCAGCUCCUCACGCUCCCCAUCCAGAGCCUCCAAUCCCCCCCGCGGCUGCAGGGCGUCAUCUUCAAGUCCCCCAGCGGUGUGCCUAGACCCUCCCCAGGCUUUUCCCUACAGCGCCAAAGCGCCCUCAACGACUCCAUCGACUUUGGCAGCUGCUUCUGCACCAAUCACGUGCUUCUCUCGUUGCUGCUGACCAACCACGGCCACAAGGGCCGCUUUUUCUGGCUGACGGAGGAGGAGUUCGCCGACCAGCACGUGCAGACCAUCACCCAGAGCCUGGAAAUGAGCACAGGGAGCUUCUGGGUCUACCCCAGCUACUUCGAGCUGUUGCCCGGCGAAAUUUGCGAGAUCCAGAUGUUGUUCCAGCCGAUCCGGUGCGGCUUCCAGGCGCAGCCCGUGAGGCUGAUGUGCGACAACAACACCUACAGGCAAAUCGAGCUGAUUGGAGACGCGGUGUGCUUCAACAAGAACAUGAUCGAUGUGGAGAUCCCUCAUCAAGUGCAGCACCUGCAGAACAGGCCCGGCCAUUGCAUUUUCCUCGGCUACAGACGGGAGGCGCAGUUCACGUUGAGGAUCUCCAACCGCAGUGCGCUGCUCUUGAAGUACCGCCUGGAAAUGGGGGACUGGAUGCGGGUGGCCAACCUGCCUCCCCAGGGCCUCGCCCCCUACAGCCGCAUUGAGGUGACAGUGAGCUGCGUGUGCCCCCCAGAGGUUUCGGGAGGAUACAACAGCAGCCAGAUGAGACUACUCAUCCUGGAGGUCCCAGUUGCCAGCCUUGAGAGCCGGGAGGAGCUCCUGGUGGCCAACCGCCAGCCCCAAGAGGAAAUUGGGAGAAACCUCGCACUGGUGGACGUGCAGGUGAUGCAGGUGGAGGUGGCAUGCUUCCCAGGCUUCCCCCCAGCGGAGGCGGAGCCUCCCAAGGCCCUAACCCCGUGCCCGCAGCCCCUUUCCCUACCCGUGCCUACAGCCCAAGUGGAGUUCAGCCGCCCGUUUCUGGACUUCGGCAUCCUCCCAGUGGGGGUGGACGUCUCCAAAGCGCUCUCCAUCGAAAACCUGGGCUCACUGGAACAGGCCUGGCAUAUAGAGGAGAUGGAGUAUCGCCUGGACAAUCCCCCCUACGCCCAUCUCCUGGAGAAUCCUCCGAUUUCCCGGAGGCGCGGGCGACUGCGCCCGCGCCAAUCCCUCCAGCUCAGCUACCAGUUGCUAGGCAAACCUCCAGGACGUGGGGUCUCCAUCCUGGUGCUCCUCACGCGGCCCCCCACUCCCCACGCCCCAGAAGCGCAGAGCAUUUGCGUGGUAACCUACGAAGUGAUCGAGCUGGACAUCCAGGUCGAAACCGGCCACUCCUCCGAAGCCAUUCUCUGCCCAAUGAAGAUGCUCUAUGUAGGAGUGCCAGAGGCUUUGAGCUUCGAGCUCCACAACCGCAGCCUCAUCCCAGGGGCGUUUCACUUCUUGGAGCCCUGGGGGGCGGACGCCCACAAGGUGCAAGUGGUCUACCAGCCCCUAACAGGCGAGCUAAAGGCAGGGCGUUCGCUGAAGAUCCACCUGCAGGUGACCUGCUUUGAGGUGGGGAUACUGGAGAAGGUGUUUCUGCGGUGUUUCAUUGGACCGGCGCAAGCCCCACUCCAAGUGCGGCUUUUGUGCCUGGUGGACUGCCUCCAUGUGUUCUUCCACCUGCCUGACACCGAAGGGGGGAAGGUGCUGUGGCCCCCCAAGGUGAUCUAUGAGUAUAGAGGGGAGUGGAGCAGUUGCUGUCUGUGUGAGGAGGAGGCGCCUCAAGCACAACCAGCGGAGCUCUGCAACCACACUGAAAAAGGGGAGGAAAUGGCAAAGGAACCAGGUCUCCUCAACACCCUGCUUAGUGCCGAUUCGGAGUUUUUCCUCCAAGAGAGUGUGGUGGAGGUCCAAGGAGUCCCAGCGGGAAAGCCAAGGAGAGUGAGGUUUUAUGUGGAAAACCUCACUCCCAAGGAGGCAAAGUACUGCGUCCAAACCACCAACUACCCAGCCAGAGGAUGCGUGAGGCCCACCCAACCAGCAGAAUCCCUCUGGCGGCACAUGAUUAAAGCUCAAAGGCACGGCAUCUUGGUGCAGCCCCAAACAGUAAGCGGCUGGCUUAACCAGCACCAACUCCUCCCAGUGGAUCUUUGGAUCUACUCCAACACCUGGGGGCUGUACAGUGAGGAGGUGGUCGUGGACUUGGAGGAUAUCGCCCCCUUCAGCUUCUCCCUGCUCGUUGAGGUGGUGGGGGGGCCACUGGAGCUCCCCCUAGCCAUGGGGCAGGUUCCCCAGCGCCCCACUGUGAGGUUAGGGGCAGUUUCCCUGGGCGUGGAGGGCCUGUCCAGGGAGAUUUUGGUGAAAAACACCUCCUCAGUUGAAGCCUCAGUGGAAUGGCGCGUGGUUUCCUCUGAAAAUGUUUGCGAGGACCUCAGUGCUACACCUCCAGAGGAGGCAGUGGGCCUGGAGGUGGCUUUGGGUGCAGGAGAGGGAUUGGAGGUGAAGGCUGGCGCUCAGCUCAGUUUACCCAUUCUGCUCAAGCCCUCCGCUUUGAGCUUGGAGGAGGAUCAGCAGGAGUUCCACUGGCUUCUGCUGGGGAGGAUUGUCCCAAAGGACCCAGUUCUCCGGUUGAAGCCCAGCUACUUCCUUAGACAGCCAGCAUGUUUGAGGGUGGAGGUGACGGCCACUUUGGUGCAGCCUCAGCUGCAGGUGGAGAUGUUGAGUGACUCCCCCGUGCGCAUCUACGCCAACCAGGUGGUUUUGGAGAGGUGCAGCAGCUUCCCCCUGGAAUGCCUACUCAAAAAUCCCACUCCCUCUGCUCUGGAGGUGGAGUUGCAGUGCUCAGACCCUCUCGCCUUGGGCCCUGCGGGGCCCAAGGUCCGCAUAGCUCCCCGGCAGUGCCGCAAGGUGCAACUGGAGUGCCUCCUCAGCUACGAGAAGAUCCUCAGGUGGGCCUCCCAGGUCUACAGGAGCAUGGAGGCAAAGGAGGUGGCCACGCCCAGAGGCUCAGUGGGGACGGAGGUGAAGCUGCACCCUGGGGAGGAGAGGAUGGUUGAGGAGGAGCACAAGGUGCUCACUCUGCAUCGGAAGCUCACCAUGUAUUUUGGAGGAGGAGCCGAAGGGGGAGACAGAAUGGUUAUGCCCAUUGACAUCAUGAUCUACUACCCGCACAUCCAGGUCAAACCGGCCCAUGUGAAGUUCGAUUAUGUGCUGCUGGGCCGCACCCAAAAGGCCAUCUUGACCAUCUACAAUCUGACGGGUUAUGCAGUGCUGUUUGARGUUUACAAAACAAUUGCUACGCAGGAGAUUUACGUCACGCCCUCUAGCGGCCGCAUCCCGGAAAGCGUGGGGGCGAAUCACAGCUUCAGCAUUGURAACGUGUUCUUCACACCCCAAGGGYGCCGCAGCUACAAGGAGAGCAUCAGAAUCGUCACUAAUAUCCCGCAAUAUUACGUCGAUGUGCCCAUCAAAGGGGCGGGGUCCUUUAAUGAGAAAUUCGAUUAAUUUGAUUGAGUUUGAUUAAAUUUAUUUAAUUAGU